GAUUUACACGCUGCGCAUGCGCAGCUAUCGUGAUAUGACAUGCAAGAUGGCGACUUUCGAGGGACACGCUACAAAACGUCAAAGAACUGAAGUCGGCGGGCGCGGUGUGCAGUCUGGAACCAGGGACCGUUUUGAUGAUGACCACAAACUCAUGACCUCCAAGGUAGUACAUGUCCGUGGUCUCAGCGAGCGGGUCACUGAUGGUGACUUAGUGGAGGCGCUGCAGUUCUUUGGUCCCAUCAGCUAUGUCUACAUGAUGACAGGGAAAGGCCAGUCUCUGGUGGAGUUUGAGGACAUUGAGGCAGCCACAGCUUGUGUUGAUUACACCCAGAAUCACUCUGAGAAUGUGAUCAAUGUAGCUGGCUCUCCCGCCGUCAUCAAUUUUUCCACCAGCAAGCGCAUCAAGAGACCAGGUGAGAACGCACCGGACAUGCCUGAAGAGAUACCCAAUGCAGUCAUCUUAUUGACUGUGCACAACCCCUUCUAUACCAUCAACACCGACGUGAUCCACACUAUCUGCAAGGGCUUUGGUGAGGUCCUACGUAUUGUCAUCUUCCGGAAGAAUGGCAUCCAGUCCAUGGUGGAGUUUGAAUCUAUCGAGUCUGCCACCAAGGCUAAGAAGGGCCUCCAGGGCUGUGACAUCUACUCUGGUUGCUGCACGCUGAGAGUUGAAUUUGCCAGGACCCAGACCCUGACGGUGUACAAGAAUGAUCAUGAGACCUGGGACUACACCAACGCCAGUCUGGCGCCCCCAAGUCGCGGCAAUGCUUUACUUGACGAUCCACCGCCAUCCACCUACAACGGACCCACCAAGGCCAACUCACGGCGUGGAGGAGGAGGGGGAGGAAACCCUAGAUUUGACAGCCGUGGUGGUCCAAUGGGGGGUGGUGGUGGAGGGGGUGGCCCCAUGCGAGGCCCACCCCCGCCCCAACACUACCAGGAUCCCCACCAGGGCUACGGCCCACCCCAUGGUGGCGGAGGCGGUGGUGGUGGUGGUGGGGCCGGCCGUGGUGGGUACCAGGAUCACGGUGAAUACCCACAGCAGUACGGCCACAUGCAGGACCAGCAGGCCCUGCAGCCGCUGCCCCCUAAUGCGCCCUCACACGGGGGAAUCGCCAUGGUCUACAACAUUGACCUGGAAAAGAUGAACUGUGAGAGGCUCUUCAACAUCCUCUGCCCCUUUGGGAACGUCUACAAGGUGAAGUUUAUGAAGUCCAAGCCAGGGACGGUCAUGGUGGAUCUGGGCGAUGCGUUUGCCGUCAGCAGAGCCAUCACCAAUCUCAGCAACAUUGAAUUCUUUGGCAUGACCAUACAGCUUGGAUGUUCCAACCAGACUUUCCUGAACCCUCCUCCUGGUACCUGGAACCUGCCAGACAACACCCCGUCUUACAUGGACUUCUCCAAGAACCGCAACAACAGGUUCAUGAACAAGGAGGCGGCUGCCAAGAAUCGUCUUCAGCGCCCGUCUCAUGUCUUGCAUUUCUACAACGCACACCCUGAGAGUACUGAAGAAACCAUCAAGCAGAUUUUCCUCAACGCCGGAGCUGCCGAGCCAAUUGCCAUCAAGAUGUUUGAGUCCAAAUCUGAGCGUAGUGUAACUGGCUUGGUGGAAUGGGAGAACAGAGCCACCGCUAUGGAGGCUAUGAUUCUUGCAAACCAUACCAACAUGGAAAACCCCGGUGGAAAGUACCCCUACACCUUCAAGUUGUGCUUCUCCAACGCCCCUCAUGCAACAUAAACCUGUAGGUGGGAAUCGGUGCUCUAGAUCAUACGUUAAUAGUAUGGAAAUGAGGCUAUUUUGAUGUUCAGUUGUAAGUUCUUGACAGCCUUUGGCACAGGUGGAAUUUUCCUCAGUGGCCCAAUUCAAUAUUCACCUCUUAAAGAGUUUCACAUGCUGCUUUCUUUUUUCUUAACAGUUUGAAUGACUUUUCAAACCAUGGCUUAUUUGUUAAUUAUGCUUUAUCGAAGAUGUCCUCGUGUGUGCUGCACCAAGACAAAAUAUCUAGAACAAAAUACAUUGAAUCCCUCUAAGUCGCGGUCUUGAGGUUAGAAUGUACCCCUCAAGUGAGUAUUUUGUGGAUUGAAUUGGAACCAGGAACUGAAUGAAACUUUUACAAUGAUUUAUCAGUCAGUGUGCAACAAAAUGCGAUGGUUAUUGUUGAAAUUGGAUUUCUCGAAUUAGCUGUCAUAGGUAUAAAUUGGUAUAAAUGAAACUUCCAUUUACAUGGAGUUAUCAAAGUUUGCUUGGGGCUAUAGUUCCAUAACAUUUAAAAGUCCGAAAACUUUUCAUAAUUUCUGGUUUUUAGCUCAGUAAUUUUCCUUGGGGCUUACUUCAGACAAACCAACAGUCAAACAUGUAAGUUUGUGAAAAUAGUUACUGAAUGCUCGAAAGUCAUUUCUUAGUGUAUGGGUCGGUUAUUGAGCUGGAGACCAAAUACAGAAAAUAUUCGCUUUAAUAGCACAAACCGGUGACAGGCUGGAAUCUCACGCAGUGUUCAUUGCUCGCAAAUGGUUUUGUUUUUUUCUAAGCAAGUUUUUUUUUUCUGUUUAACGUUUAGCAUGUCCAUGAAAUUGGGCCGUGGUUAGAUAUUGUAGUUAAUCUCAUCUGGAUUCUUGAAUUGUACGGUAUUUAUUCAUAUGAGGAUACCAACAAAUGAAUUAUUCUUGUGUAAAUGAAACAAAUACCAAGUUGAUCACUCUUCUCAAAUUAGAAUAAUUCAAAUCAUAACAUCCUUUAUUUUGUGCCAACACUUGCAAAAAAUAAGAAAAUCAUUUUUACAGGGACUGCAUUCUUAGGUAACUUUCAUAGAUAUUGUUUUGCACAUAACAGGGCUUCAUUGGGUCUGGAAUUGACAAAAAAAACCACCAAUUUUUAAGGCAAAAAGAAAGCAGCCAACAUGCAUAGAUCUUCACAGCUUUAACUUAGCACAGAUUAACAAAACAAAUUGUCAUUUGUGUAUGGUUUACAUCUAGAUCCAACAUGCUUUCAAAUUCUGUUGUGAACGAAGCUUAAUUGGAUUUAUUAGAACUUCAAUUAACAUGUGUCCUCUGAUAGUGGACGUUGCUUCAUGUAUUAAGCAGAAUUGUUAACAUGUACACCUGCAUCUAUGAUCCUCAUACCGUGGUGUGAAUGCUUUACAAUUGGAGCAUCUGGAAUCAUUCGUACAGUUUGUUGAUGAUAAUGAUCUUGUUAGAAAAAAAGUAAACUUUGUGCCGGUUUUUUUUUUAAAUAAUGUGCAAGUUACUGCUAUUUUUUAUAUAGUUAGGCGAGGAUUCAAACAUCUUUUUUUUAUGGGGGGGGGUCUUUUUAUUUGUUUUUCCGUUUUAAUAAAGGAAACGUACCAUGCUGCUCCCAUCUUUGUUGCAACAAAGGGCAUUGAGGCUCAUGGAGCAUUGAGGCUCAUAGGCAUUGGUGUUGAAGGUCGGGGGAAUGUUUAAGCCAUUGUAUCGCACUCUGCACCUGGGGGAAAAAAAGAUGGUUGCAGUUUCAGUGUAUAAAUACUUCAUCUAUUUAGCUUUUCAUGCGCAUUUACAUAUAUGCAUGUAUUAUUUGUAUUCAGUUUAUGGCAUCAGAGCAGGUCUAUCUCAUUCAGUAGUACAAAUGUAAUUACCGAAAUUUGUGUACACGUUAUACGCUCUUCAGGAAUUAAGCGUCCUGUGGCUUUCAAAAGUAGUUUUCGAGUGUUCAUUUUGUUGAGAAUUUUCUGUAACUAAAGUCACGCGUAGUACUUGUCCUCCAUUGUUGUUUUCUUGUUCACUGUAUGUCAUUUUAUUCUUAACACAAAAUAAAGUGUAGUGGUGGAAAUGAUUACACUUGGACAACCACAACCGAACAAU